GAGAGAGAGAGAGAGAGGACAGCAACGGCAGUCGGUGACAGUGAGUUUGGCAUCGCGAAAUUGUUCGUUCCUCGACGUACUCUACUCCACUACUUUUUCGAUAUUAAUAUCCUCGUCGUUGAAUUCGAGCUUUAGUACGCGCCGGUAAAAUAUACGGGGAGUGGCUGAGGCGGUAGCAGUGGCAUAGUGUCGGGAAAUUCAUUUGAAGUAGCAGAGCUGAAGGAGGUGUUGGUGAUCUCAAAGCACUGAGCUCCAAGAAACGUUGCAGACGGAAAAUCGCGCACAGAUGGAAAAGUUGUAAACGAGCAUCGAAAAUAUCUAGCCUGACCUCGUGCUUCAAAUUUUAAUAUCCUCACCGUCGCGAAUGGAAACAUUUUCAUGCUAGUCUGUGAGACAUGGACUAUAGGUAAUGAGCGUGGUCUGCUUAAAUACCUCAGUGGAAGAAAACAUUCAUAACGGCGAGCAUAAGGAAAUUACUCUUACAAUAUCGGAGUUGGAGUCUCACCAAAAGGAGACUUCGUCCAAAGUCAUCUCAACCGACGAACUGGCUCUACUAGCUAAACUGGAAGAGGCCAAUAGGCUAAUCGAGUCGGAUGCGAAGUCGCUAAGCUCACUCCAAAGCAACCACAGCAGGAAGGGCUCGGACACAUCGCAGGUGUCCCUGGCAUCGGGCUGCAGCGCCAAUGGAACGGAUGUCGCUGCAGCCCGACAACACGCCCCGGCCGAUGGUGAGGAGAACACCUGGACGCUCUGGGGCAACAUCGUUGCCGACUGGGAUAAUCAAUGGAAGAAAAGAAAAGACUUCAUCAAGGAUCUCGUACGUCAGGGUAUACCCCAUCACUUCAGGGGAAUAGUAUGGCAACUACUAUGCGGUGCCCACGACUCGCCGGCGAAAAAGGAAUUCGCCCAUUACAUAAAAAGUACAUCAGCCUGUGAGAGGAUCAUCAGGCGAGAUAUUGCCCGCACUUAUCCAGAACAUGAAUUCUUCAAAAAAAAGGACGGACUCGGACAGGAGAGUCUCUUCAAUGUCAUGAAGGCUUACAGUUUGUACGACCGUGAAGUCGGUUAUUGCCAAGGCUCCGGAUUUAUUGUUGGCCUUUUACUCAUGCAGCAAAUGCCAGAAGAGGAGGCGUUUGCAGUUUUGGUUGCCCUGAUGCAAGAUUACAAACUACGUGAUAUGUUCAAACCAACGAUGGCGGAGCUUGGAGUAUGCAUGUAUCAGUUAGAUCAUCUCGUGGCUGAUAUACAUCCGGAGUUAUUCGCUCACUUCACCGCUCAGGGCUUCCAUACAUCCAUGUAUGCUUCUUCGUGGUUUCUCACUCUCUUUACUACCGUACUCAGUCUACCUGUCGCCUGCCGCAUCUUCGACGUCUUUCUUUCUGAGUCCAUGGAAAUCAUCUUCAAGGUAGCUCUUGCUAUGCUACAACUCGGCAAAGAAGAUCUGUUGAGUUCUGACAUGGAAGGAAUGUUAAAGUUUUUUCAAAAGGAAUUACCUGGACGAGCUGAGGCCGAUCCAGAUCACUUGAUGAAUAUUGCUUAUAAUAUGAAAAUUAAUUCUAAACGAAUGAAGAAACUUGAAAAGGAUUAUACCGUACAGAAAAUGAAAGAACAAGAGGAAAUGGUGGAACUUCGAAGACUUAGGGCAGAUAAUAGGCUCCUAAGACAACGAGUUGAACUCCUCGAAGCAGAAUCUGCUGAAUUAGCCGAUAGACUAGUGAGAGGUCAGGUGUCGCGUGCUGAGGAAGAGGAAACGGCUUUCGUAAUUCAGCGUGAAUUGACGGCCCUACGCCACACUCAUCUAGAGACAUCUCAUCAGCUGGAGCAGGCACACGAAGAGCUGCGUUCGCUCUCUACUCUCCUCGAGGAAAACCUAAACUCGAAGCAGUCUUCUCUUGACGAGAUAACUUCGAAACAGGAGGCCUUGACGCAGAAGGAUGAAAUGAUACAGUGUUUACAGGAAGAGCUUGUGAGAGUGAGACUCCAUGAAGCGGAGAACGACGCAACGAUAAGAGAUCUCAGCUCCAGGAUUCAAGAACUCGAGCAAGACAAAAAGACUCUGAGGGAGAGUAAGCCAGACAAUUCUGUGGCCCAUUUGCAGGAAGAGCUAAUCGCGGUUAAGCUAAGGGAAGCCGAGGCUAAUUUAUCAUUGAAGGAUCUUCGUCAAAGCGUCACAGAAUUAAGCAACUCUUGGCAAAAGCACUUGCAAGAACAUCGGGCGUCACACACCGCUGCAUCCGCUGAGUCAACCCCAAAAAAGCUUCUAUUUUGGGAGGACCGUGGCUGCGAGGUGCAGAAACUCCAAGAGGAUCUUAUGACUACACGUAUACGUGAAAUAAAUGCAACAGUCGAAGUAAAGAGCCUUAGGCUAAAGGUUAUGGAAUUGGAAACACAAGUGCAGGUUUCGACAAAUCAAUUGCGCCGUCAGGAUGAUAAUGGCAAAGUACUUAAAGAUGAGCUAGAGACCGCACUUGCAUGGGGCAAAGAGCUUGAAAUGAAGCUGAGAGAGCAGCACAACAGGUAUACGGAUCUUGAAUCUAAAAUAAAAGAUGACACUAUGAUGGCGAAGAUCAGGGAUGCUGAACACGCCCAGCAAGUCGCUGAGCUCACCCAAAAGAUUUCCAUUCUCGAACUAAAGAAUGAAGAAAUGUACGCGGAAGGUGAAUUAAGAAACAAUAUGGAUGACAGUGAAAGAGUUCGUGAACUGCAAGAUAAAGUUGCAGAACUGAAAGCUGAAGUGAGUAUCGAAAAGGUGUUGAGGCUGGAAAACUGGAAGGAGCGCUGGACGAGCAAAGGAACGUCACCUCCGGUUAUGCGUAGCUCUAGUAUGGACACGGAUGGCGAACUCGACGACAGAGACGACUUCAAGAUCUGUCUCCAAGACCACGACGCAGGACAAACAUUCGUCGACUCCUCCGAUUUUAAAUAUACGCAUCGGCCAGAAUUUCUUCAGCCACGGCGAGAAAUACUCUAAACAAUAACAUUACAACGGGAUGUUCUGCAGAGGGACGGGUGUCUUUAGUCUGGUGGUAAUGCAUAAAGUGGACAUGACACUGAGUCCUACGCCGCGCGUUGAUACUUGGAUGCAUUUAGCGUGAAAGAGCUCGCGCUGUGCGAGAAAAGCAAGCUUCGAUUCAUCCCCGAUAAUAUAUUAAUUAUUGAUGCUGCGGUGCUCGAGCCAAUGUAUUUUAUUACCUCCAGCCUCCCUUUCGCCCUUUCGCUCCAUUCCCCGC